AUGGUCAUCACGAACACACUAGGCACAAAUGAGGUCGACUUCGAUUUUGUGGUUGUCGGUGGCGGUACGGCUGGCUGUGUGAUCGCGUGCAGACUCGCAGAGGAGCUCCCCAAUAAGCGAAUCCUUGUUGUUGAAGCUGGUCCCAGCGACUGGCAGGACGAGAACAUCCUGCAACUCAAGAAUCUGCUCAACCUGCUAGGUGGCGAGUAUGACUACAAUUACACGUCGACGGAACAAGAGUUUGGCAAUAGUCACAUUGUUCACUCGCGCGCGAAGGUCCUGGGCGGUUGCUCGAGCCACAAUGGCGGGAUCGCAAUGCACCCUUGGGAGUACGAUUGCAAAAAAUGGGCCGAAGCAGGCGUGGAAGGCUGGUCUUUCGAGACUUUCACGCGACUUGUCAAGAAACUGCGAAACACCAUUAACCGGAUCCCGGACGGUCAGCGUAACCCCCUUGUCAAUGACUGGAUCGAGUCCGCCUCAAAGGCCCUGGGCAUUCCUGUGACUGAAGACUUCAACUCGGAAGUUGUGUCACCUGCCAGAAUGACCGCCGGCGCUGUUGGAUACCUGCCAGUCACUUACAACCCCGACAAUGGCCAUAGGUCCAGCGCGAUCAACAAGAUCAAUGUCGUGAAGGAUACUGCUGCUGAAGUUGAUGUUACACUGCAGUCAGGCCAGCGAAUCACCAUCUGCGCGAAGGGCGAGACGAUCCUCUGCGCUGGCAGCAUCGAUACGCCCAGACUCAUGCUCUUAUCUGGCCUUGGGCCAAGGGAGGACCUAGAAACGGUGGGUAUCCCCGUUGUGAGAGAUAUCCCUGGCGUUGGCGAGAACCUCAUGGACCACCCGGAGACGAUCAUCGCCUGGGAGAUGAAUGAGGAGAUCCCUCCGCAGACAGCGAUGCAUUCCGAUGCCGCCGUUCUUGUCCGCCGCGAGCCGGCAAACGCUGAAGGGGACGACGGCACGUUGCCGGACAUGAUGAUGCACAUCUUUACCGUUCCUUUUGACACCAAUCUGAAGCGGCUGGGGUACAAUUCAGAGCAGCCGAAGACGCUGUUCAGCGUCGUCCCUAAUAUUCCGCGGUCUCGAUCGCGAGGUAAGAUUUACCUCAAGUCCGCGGAUCCGAAGGAGAAGCCGGCUAUUGACUUCCGAUACUUCACGGACCCAGAGGGCUACGAUGAGGCGUCCGUUGUGUGGGGGUUGAAGGCUGCACGAAAGAUUGCGGAGCAGUCGCCAUUUAAGGGGUGGAUCAAGCGGGAGUUUGCGCCUGGCCCGGCUAUUCAGAGCGACAAGGAACUUUCGGAGUAUGGUCGAAAGGCGGGAAACACGGUUUUCCACCCGUGUGGCACGACCAAGAUGGGAAACAUUCAGACGGAUCCGUUGGCAGUAGUUGAUUCGGAGCUCAGGGUCAAGGGCAUUCAGAAGCUCCGGAUUGCAGAUGCGGGAGUUUUCCCGCUUAUUCCCACGAUUAACCUCAUGUUGACGGUUCUGGCUGUGGGGGAGAGAGCGGCGGAGAUGAUCGUGGCGGAUACCAUCAUGCGGACUGGAGAUGUUCCUCGUGAUUCACGCUUGUAA